AUGGUUAUCGGAUUGAAGGGCUCGCAGGUCAACCAGAUCCAGCAAGACACGGGCACCAAGAUUGAUGUGGACUUCGACACGGACCCCUGCAAGUGCUUCCUCAAAGGCGAGCCGUCUGCGGUAGAGGCCGCCAAGAAGAUCUUGCUCACCAUCGCGAUGCAGAUAGAGGACGGCAACUCGGAGUAUCUGGACCUUCCAAAGCAGGUUUCCGGGGUGCUCAUCGGCUCUGCUGGCUCGAAGGUGCGCGAGUUCCAGGAGCAGUCCGGCGCCCGUAUCGACGUCGACAAAACCGGGAACACGUGCCGGGUUCGGCUCACCGGCACCGCCGCCCAGGUGGCCAACGCCAAGCAGCUCAUCCGCGCCGAGAUCGAACAGGACCAGCAGCAGCAGAAGCUCAUUCCGAUGAUCGCCCCGGUGAGGGAGCCGAUGGUCGUCCCGGCGCACCAGCCGAACUCGUUCCCGGCGACAUUGUCGGAGUCGAUCGCGCGCGCCAAAGCGGCGGCGCAGGCGGUCAGCGCCGGCCUGAUAACGAGGGACCAGCCGUUCGUGCCGUCCAUGGGCCCGCCGCCCGCGCCCUCGCACCUGCCCAUGCGGACGGCCCCGGUCAGCCAGGGCAUCGCAGCGAACAUGCCCGGGACGCCGAUGCAGGACUUCUCGUCCAUCCUCGCCUACCUCACGAAGAGGCAGUGGGACAAGAUCCUGGACGAGCGCAACGACUUCAUGGGUCGGGUUGCGGUCGUCCUGCAGGCCGUGGCCGAGGCGGCGUGGGCGAGGGUCUACGAGGAGCGCGCGGCUGGCCAGGGGGCGGGCUACACCGAGGAGCAGGUCGCCGACCUGCGCGGCGAGACCGAGUUCAGGCUCAGCAAGGCGCGGGCCGAUGCGCUCAUGGACUGCCUGAAGCGGGCGGAGCGCUGCGCCAAGGUGGCGAAGGAGACGUGCCUCAAGGAUGAGCUGGUGGAGCUGCUCGUGUCCCUGGGCGGGGAUGGGUGGAACGACUCCAGCGUCCUCAGGCGGCUCCAACAGCAGGCCGAGCUGCAGGCGUUGAGCGAGGCGGAGGCGAUCUGCUUGACCGCCUUCCGCGACGGGCAGGGCGGCGAGGCCCCGGCGCCGCUGCGGGAGAUCGCACGGCCGGUGCUGCGCGUGGAGUGCCCGCCAGCCCUGGCGGACCAGCGGGCGUCGGACGACGAACUGCGCCUCACGGCGCGCAAGACGAUCGUGGCUGGUGGCUUCAGGGAGGAAGAUAUCCUCAGCGUCGAGCUAAGCGCCAAUCGCACGGUCUGCCUGGUGGAGGUCUCGCUGACGGCGUGACGCGCGCGCGCGCGGGGGCCUGAGGCUCGCUCUUCGGCCUCCCUUCCCCCGGUGAGGUGGAGGUUGAAGCGAAGUGCUAUCUCUGAAACCGCCCCAUCGCGGAUCCCCAGGAUGGAUUUUCUGGCCCGGCGGCCUGCGUAGGCCAGCGCGGCGGGUGGCACGGCGUGGCGCGACCGAGAAGCAGUCCGUUGCCUGUCGUGCAAGUCAGUCAGCACCUUGCAAGACCAGCUCCAAUCAACGCAUGUGGUUGCGCCUCUAUGCGCUCUGAGCUUGGAUGUGCUCGGCGCGCAAUUCCACUUAUACGAGAGUGCGGCCUUUGGCCAGUUCGCAGUUCACAUGAGAAAGCGGCAGCGGACCGCUGCGGGGCCUGAGCGCAUGACCCCCGCGAGGGCAUCCGAGUGGACGCGAGAUUUGUCCGAGCCGCGCGGUGCUUUCGGCAUCCGAGAGGGUGCGGUGUUGUUCCGUUGUUCCGAGGAGGGCCACGCGGUGCAUCCGUCUCCGCUCCCUCGUCAUCCA